AUGGCACCACGACGUGGUGGAGGAAGUUCUAGCUCUUCCUGGGGAGGUUCUUCUAGUGUCUGGGCCACGGAGACUGGUUUUUCACUGGAUAUAUACUCUUCAAAGAGUCUCUUCAUUACAGGCUUUGCUUUCGAUAUCCUUUUAGCUCUCGCACUCAUUGGGUUCCUGAUCUGGUCGUGUUUGAUUCGAGGCCACAAUGGCCAGAUGAAAGGUGUGGUGGUGGCUCUUGUCGCAUGGUUAUGCGCCCAAAUUACUUCAAUAGUUUACCAGAUCUUUUUCCUUGCCGAGGCUGUCAUUACUCAAUACUACAAUAUUGAUCUGAUGCUUCAAGUUUUUUUCUCCUAUUUGGCUAUCGUGAUGGUUGUCUUUGUCUUCUACAACCUGAUUCACCGUCUACUUAACAGCCUCACAGACUCCGGGAAACCCUACGCGGCUAUCGCAAUCGUUCACUGGAUAAUUCUCGGCAUUUUAGCGGUCAUUUCAUUAACAUCUUGGGCCAUGUACGUGGUAGUAAGGGUCAGAUAUGUUCAAGGACCUUACGGCGAUUUGACCGAAUUUUCGUUGGAUUUGAACAAGGUGGAUGGCGCACGAGCCAUUCUUUUCUUCGUGGUCUCGCUGGAGAUCUUUGCCUGGAUACUCUUCGCGGCGAUCAAAGCUGGUUCCCAUAGGUUCACCUCACGAGUUCCUGUCUAUGCCCUCCUCGGCGGAAGCAUCUGCUGGUUCGCGUUGACUCUGACAAAUGCCGUCGUUUACAUCCGCUACUAUAUUGAGAUUGUUUAUGUCGUCCCUGACUACUUGCAGGCCGCGCUGGCGAUUUUGCAAUUUCUCUUUGGCGUCGGUACACUUGUCGGAAUCUUGCUAUGCUGCCAGAAGUGGCGCCAUAUUGAUGACUCGAUGGGCAAGCCACAAGCUGUUACAGUGCAGUAUCCCUACGGCAAUGGACCCUAUCAGCAACACCCCGGAUACCAGCAGCAAUUCCAGCCAUAUCCUGGUCAGCCACAGCCUCAAUACCAGCAGCAAUACCAGCAACCCGUGCCUGCGCAGCCGUAUCAACAGCAACCUUGA